CGGAGCAAAUCAACAGGAAGCAGGUUGAUCAGGUUGGACAGAUUCCUGAUCAUCGAUCAAUAUGUUUGUCAUCCGGCUGAUGAUUGUCUCUCUGUUCGUCCAUCAGGUGAUGAGUUCAGGUUCAGGACGACACUCCCUGUGGGCGCUGGCCUCCUACAUCUCAGGGACGACCCCGUUUCCAGAGUUCUCUGUGGUCCUGAUGUUGGACGACGUCCAGGUGGGUUACUAUGACUCAGAGCUGGACCGAGUGACGAGGGUCGGCGGGGCAGGUGAGGAGGGGGCGGAGCUGGGCCUGGGCCAGGAGGCAGUGUCCGUGUUGCGGGAAAUGUUCUCCAACAUGGGUAGGAGGCUGACGCUGGUCAAACAUCGCUUCAACCUGACGGCGGGAGUCCACGUCCAGCAGAGAGUGACGGGCUGCGAGGUGCUGGAGGACGGACAGCCGGCGCUCAUCAUGUUCAGGGACGGGUCCAACGGGCAGGACGCCGACAGCCUCAUGUACAACAUGACACACUUCACAUACGCCGGCAGGGAGGGCGGGGAGAUCCAGUGGGACGCUGUGAAGAAGACGUACUUCCAGAUGCUCUAUUCAAAUAUCUACCUGCCCUUCUGUGUCUGGACUCUCAGGACCCUCCUCGACAGGGAAAAGCACCUGGUGAUGCGUCGGGUCCGACCUCGAGUCCGCCUCAUAACUAAACAGGUAGUGGGCGGGGCUCAGGUCACCUGUCUGGCCACAGACUUCUACCCUCGCCACAUUAACCUGACGCUGCUGCGGGACAGCCGGCCCGUGGACGAGGACGAGCUGACCGGCGGCUCAGUGCUGCCCAACGGUAACGGCCUCUACCAGGUGAGGAAGACGCUGACGGUCGGCGACGAGGAGCUGCGGAGAAAACACAACUACACCUGCACCACCUCUCACCUGAGCCUGGACAACCGGCUGGAGGUGAGCUGGAGGGCCGAGUUCUCCCGCUCUUACAGGGUUCACAUCAUCUCUGCUCCUGUCGGCCUGAUGGUCGCUGUCCUCCUGCUGCUGGUGCUGCUGUGGAGGAGGAGGAGGAGGAGGAGGUCAGAGGGCGUCGCCAUGGAGACACAGGAGUAGCCAGAGGAGCCUGAGCUCUAAAUGAAGAAAGUGAUUCAGACACAGAAACAAUACACACCAGGUGUGUGCAACCUGCAGCCAGGGAGAACCAACAGUCUGCAGGGUUACACCUGAGCAGGUGAUGUCACCUGUGGAGUCUUUAUGGAUGAAGACCCGUGAAAGAUGUACCCAUACCUGAUAUUCAUACUUAAUAGUUAUUUUAACUACUUCCCUUUAGUUUCAUGUGUAAUCUGCAUCAUAUCUUUAUGAAGUGUUUUCUUUGUCAAGUCUUUCAAUCUGAACUACUCAGUGAGUACAGCUGGAAGAUAAAUGCAGUACAGUAGAAGUAUACAGUAACCAGUAAAGUACCUCCAAACUGAACCUGUAGUAACCUGUAGUACUUGAAGUAAUUGUACUCAGUUUUCAGGACUGGACUGUGUGGUAAAGAUACUGUCUCAACUAAUGGGAUCAAUAAUGAUUUAAAAAGGGAAAGUGUUUUUCAUCACCACGUCAUAAAGCCAUUAUAUAAUACCUUUAAUGAUGCUGUGUGAGUAUUGUCCUCCUCUGGACCAAACAGCCCCCUGUCACUCUCGACCUGCCCACCAGGUGUCCUCAAACUGAUUCUCAAUCACCUUAGCUGCACCCUCACACACCUGUAACAGAGUCUAAUAUGCAGCAGUAGUAUGUGGAUUAAAAUUACACAAAACCUG